UUGUUUGGAUCUAUGGUGAUGCGCGAAAGGUUGUGAGCUGUGUUUGGUAUUGUGGAUUGAGUGAAUGAAUUGAAAAUGUCGAUGUUUACGAGAUCUGUUUUGGAAUUGUUUUCGUUUCCUCGGUAUGUGUUACUCAACAGACAGUUAAGAGAUUCUCGCAUUCGAACACUAUACUCGGCAGCUGCACUGGGACUAGACAACUACAGCAAAACAAGAGAGAGGGUACAAAACCAGUUUACAAAUAUGGCUGACAGAUUUCGAUCAAAGAUGGAAGAAAUUUCUCAUCCAGAGUCAAAAAAUUUAGUUUUCACUGAAGACCUGAAAAACAUGGUUCACUUAGCUGGUGAAAAUGAUGUGGAAUUGGUGCUGAAAAUGCUCAGAAGAUUUAACAAUCAGAGUAAGGACCUAAGAUUUGGAACUUUUGUCUUUGGACCAGUUGUUAUGAGAAUGUUUUACUACCUGAAUAAGCCAGAUGAAGCAUUGAAUGCAUUCAAAGACUCUGCUCUUGAUGGGAUUUUUGAUCAGUUAAUAUCAUAUCAGUUACUUUUGGACCUCCUCUACAAGAAUGAGAAAUACCAAGAUAUGCUAACUGUAUUUGAAAUGAUUAAAGACAAACAAAUUCAGAAUGCAAGAUUUCCAAAAAAUGUUGUUGUAUUAACUAUGGCAGCUUGCUACAAAUUGAAUUCAGAGGACAGCUUAAAGUAUGCAAGUGAUUUAUGGAAAAAUUUACAAGAAGUGGGUCAUCAGCCGACAAGAAGAGCUGCUACAUUUAUUGCGGCUCUUGCUCUCAAUCAAAAUGCACCCCACAUUACAGCAGAGAUCAUAUCGAAUGUUGGUGCACAGAACUAUAUCACGAUAAGGAACCUCAAGGCAGCUGCACUUGCAGAUCUGAACAGACUUGAAGAUGCUGUGGCUGUGUUGAGGCGAGCCGUACAAGUAGAUAAUCCCAACCAAGCAAAGGUUUCCUUCACUAAAGAUGUCGUUGAAAAAGUGAAGGCAGCAAGUGAGAGGGAAGAACGUAAAGAAAUUGCUCAUGAAGCUCAAGCUUUGCUUAAACGUCUUAGCGAGAACGGUCACACAGUAGACCAGAUUCUGGAUGACAUGGUGUGUACGGAAAUUGCAGUGACUGACUUGCAUGGCCCACGAAAUCGUGAACGAAGGUACAUAGCAGCAACAUUUGAACGUACAGAGAGAAGAGACACUCCAAGAAGCUACCAAAGACCUGGUCUUAGAGAUCUUUUGUGAAGUAAAAUUUAUUGUUAGUGUAAUGGUGGAUCCAUCCCACCUCGGAGCCUGUCAGUACAUAGCGAUCCACAGAGAACUCGAGUAAAAGUUCUUUUUCA